CUGCUCUCUAAAAUCCAAUGUUUUGAUUUAACAAAAAUGCCGGGAAAAAGAGCGCGGAGAAAGUUGACCAAGAAGCAUCAGAGGAAGCGGCGUCGCCAGAAACAGGCCAAGGAGCGCGACAAACUGGAGGAGGAGGCGGAAAACCAGAGACUUUUGCAGCCGGAGUACCAGAAAUGGCUGCAGAAACAGCGGGAAAUGGAGGAAUUCCAGCGCCUGGCCGAGGAAAGGGAGCGCCAGGAGGCGGAGGAGUCCUGGCUGCGGCGGGAAGCCAUUGCCCAGCGGCAGUUCCAGCUAGACGAGGCCAAAAGACGCCAGGAGCAAGAGGAGGUGGAGCGUUUGCAGCGGGAACAAGCUAAGGAACGAGCAGAACGGGAGGAAAUGCAGAGAAAACAGCGCGAGGAGGAGAUCAGGAAGUCGGCCAAGGCUGCAGCCGAGUUCGAUGCCAUGAUGGAGAGCAUGAACGAGUACCUGAACAACCCGCAGCUGGCGAAGCCCCCCAGUCACCUGCUACGGGUGAUGGACACCCAUCCGGAGGAACGACCCUGCGAAUUCUUCAGCCGCACCAACUUCUGCCGAUACGGUUACGCCUGCACCUUCAACCACCGACGACCGAUGCUGGCCCGGAUCCUCCUCAUCCGACACUUCUUCAGCCACUCCAUGCUGCAGGGACGUCAGCCGGACACCGAGUACUCCUCUGCGGAGGAGCACUUGGAACUGACCGAACAGGAUCUGCGCAGCGACUACGACGAGUUCUUCUACGAUGCCGUCGAGGAGCUGGAGAAGUUUGGCACCAUCGUCAACUUCCGAACGGUGCGCAACACGCUGGAACACCUCAGGGGUCACGUCUUCGUGGAGUACACUAAUGAGCGAUCCGCUCUUCGCGCUUUUACCAACCUCCAGGGUCGCUACUAUGCUUCCAAGCGCCUGAACGUGGAGUUCUCCAACCUGAAGACCUGGCGUGGCGCAGUCUGCGGUUUGUCCUUAACACGUAAAUGUCCCAAAGGUAACGGCUGCGGAUAUCUGCACUUGUUUCGCAAUCCGAACAACCUGUUCAACACGGAACUGGAGAUCACAUCGACUCCAAAAGUGGAUCGACGCCCUAGUCGAACUCCUAAUGCCAAGCCGCCCAGUUGGGAUGACCAGAACGAGCGUGGCAGGAACUGGCGCUGGUCAGAAAGCCCUGAAAUGGAGCUGAACUCCAAAGAAUCAAGCAACAGCUUUAAAAACUCAAACAGAAGACAAGAUCUCAAGUACCACCAGUCGGAGUACCAUUCCAGGUCAAGAAAACGAUCAAAUCGUGAUGAAGUUUCUAGAAGAAACCGCAGCUCCACGGACUUCUCCUAUGUCGAUCACAGAUCGAAUAGAUAUCAGAACUCCACAACCCCACAUCGCCAAUAAAAACCAAGGUAUUAAUUAA